GUGUGCGGCGCAUGCGCACCUGGUGUGGAAGGCAGCUCAGACGGAGCACCCGUGUAUGCUCGGUGUGACGGGUGGACGCAGGUGCGGGGGAUGACUACGGGCUGCAGCGGCGGGCGCCGGAUGCGGUAGGCUCCACCCCCUACCGGAUUCCGCCGUUACUCACUGCAACGUUAGAAUUAUUAUUAUUUUUUUUUUUGUGUGUGGAUGACACCACGUGAUCGGGUGGGCGUGGCUUACUCACUGCCUCUACUUGACCGACAGGAUGCUGGGAGGAAUGCAGGAUCAACACAAAAACGUCCUCAUCGGACUGAGGGUGAAGUUAAUACAGGAGAUGGAGCCCGAUGAGAUCAUAGAACAUCUUGUAGCCAAGAAAGUCCUUACUCCAUAUAUGCAAGAAAAAAUCCAGUCUAAGGGGAUGAGUUUCCGACAGAACAGUGCGCUGCUGGAUUUGCUUCCCAAACGUGGCCCGCAUGCAUUCUCCAUCUUCUGUACUGCGCUGCGAGACACGAAUCAGGAGCACCUAGCAGAACAGCUGGAGCAGAAAGUGAGAAAAACCGAACCCGAGGAAACCUGCUUCCCUUUGUCUGUGGAAGAGCAAGGAGGAGUUCGUCACUGGCGGGAGUCCUGCGAGAGAUGUAUAGACAAUGGCGAUGGCCCAGCAAGCGUGUCUCCUACUACUGUGGGCUUCUACCUUUCCCAUUACAAGCAGGCCUACAAGAUGACCACGCGGCCACGUGGGGUUUGUCUGCUCAUAAGUAAUGUUUUGUUCGCCACUCCAGACCUCGACUACCGCCACGGAGGGGACGUGGAUCUGAACGCCUUAAAGCUUUUGUUUUUUCAGCUGAACUUUAGAAUCUGUGAACGCAGCAACAUCACCGCUCAGCAAAUGAUGUCUGAGCUGGAUCUAUUCUCCAAACUGCCCGAACACUCCAAGAUGGAUUCCUGUAUCGUCGCCAUCUUAUCCCAUGGAGUUGAUGGAGCUGUGUACGGAUCUGAUGGCAAACUUGUUCAGUUGCAGGAUGUUUUUACCAAGUUGGACAAUGCCCACUGCCCCAAUCUGCAGAACAAACCCAAAAUGAUCUUUAUCCAGGCCUGCCGAGGAGAUGAGACAGACCAAGGUGUUGACCAGCAAGAUGGAAGAGAGCAAACUGGAUCUCCUGGCUGUGAACAGAGCGAUGCCGGAAGAGAGCACAGAAGGGUUCGGCUGCCGACUCAGUCAGACAUGAUCUGCGCCUAUGCAUGUCUGAAGGGUACUGUAUCACUUCGUAACACAAGGCAUGGAUCGUGGUUCGUACAAGAUCUUACUGAUGUAUUUUCCAAACACGCCAAGGACACGCAUGUAGCCGACAUGCUAGUCAAGGUGAACGCACGCAUUAAAAGACGAGAAGGCCACGCUCCAGGGACUGAAUACGACCGUUGCAAAGAGAUGUCUGAGUACAACAGCACCCUGUGCCGAGACCUCUACUUGUUCCCAGGAAUCCCCCCCAGUGACCUGCAGAGCAGCACUUAAAUUUUGGACAGAAUUUAUCUUUUUUUUUCUUCAUGCGAAAGAAUUGCUUUAUUUUUAUGUUCUAUUCAUGUCUUCCAGCUUUGUAUUGUCGCCCAUUCUCCAAUGAACAUUCGUGGACCUGCACACACUUCACAUUCCUGGUUAGGCCAGGUUCACACAGGGUGCUGUAUAGAUUUGACGUAGCGCUUCAUUCAACAGUCCUGUGUUACUUAAAGGGGUACUCCGGUGGCAUACAAAUGUUUUCAAAUCACCUGGU